UGUUUAGUUUAGAAAAAUUAGCAGAGGCAAACGAUUUUGAAUGAGAUGGCUGAAGCAAAUGCCCAAAACGGCGAUGUGAUGAUGAACAACAUGUGCAGCACACAAGUGGGCCCGGAGGCAAAAGAAUUUAAUUUGUUGCGCGCAGACGAAGAGUACAGAAAUGGAAAUGUGGAGCAUUCGAUAUACUAUCAGGUGCGGGCGCAGUUCCACUGUUGGGACACUCGCUACCUGACCGAAUGGGAAGAUGUGGAGAACUGCCUGCCAAGUUGCAAAACAAUUCUGAACGAAUGCAGCGCCGCUGAGAAGGCAGCUUUCAAAAGCAACAAGCCGCUGUUGAAUAUACUUAAUUACUUAAAAAAUUCCGAACUUAAGGAGGAAACACAAACCAAGCCUACUAAGGUCAUGGAAAAUUUGGACUUUCUCGAGAGCAUUGUAGAGCCAGCCCUGGGUAUUAAACGCAUCAUCGAGGUAUGCAGCCAACUGCCCAACGAAUGGUGUGUCUUGCAGCUCUGCAAGAGCUUCAACACAGCUACCACAUACUCUGGUUUUGGGGAAAUUUUUGGUGCAGAUGGUGCCGUCUACUUGAGUUUAUUGCGCCACUGUCGCAGUCCCGAACUGGGACCCGUAUGUGUGCGCAUCAACAACGAGAAUCUAGCCGAGAUAUUCAGUUCCUAUAGCACCAUUGUGGAGCGUUUUAGGCGCAUCAUAAAUGUUGAUGUCAAAAAAUAUAAAAGCCAGGAGACCAAGGCCAAAUACUGGCAAGACCUUAACGCCUUUGAGGAGUUCCUGCACAGCCUGUUGGAGAAACUGCGCAAUUGCAUGUUACCCUAUGGGUUCCUAUUCUUUGGCAAGCGCUACGACUGUGAGGCCGUCCAAACGCAGACUCUGGCUGUUAUUCAAAGUGUUGAUGCGUUGUGUGAUAAGUACGGUUGGAGCAUUCACCAACGCAUCAUCCUCUCGCAAGCAGCUAUGCAUGCCAACAACCUGAGCCAAGCCGAGAUAAGCAUGGCAUGUUACGAGUUGGCUGCAAACAACGAACUAGAAUGCCAAUCCAUAUACAAUUUGCUAAAAACGUGUGCCAAAGACUGGCAAAGGAUUGAACGACAGCAACCACUUAGCAGUAGGCGCUUCCCCACCAUAAUGGUGGUCGACGAACGUCUAGAUCAUAUUCACUGGGAGCAGCUGAAACCGACACAGGAAUUCACGCGCAUUAAGUCGCUGCACAGUCUCUGGCGGCUGUACAAGUUCCAUAAGCCAAGCAUACGGCAUGGCUAUCUUGUCGUCAACGUGCAGCGGGGCAUGUGUGUGAUAAAUCCAGAUGGCGAUCUACCCAACUCGGGGCGACGCUUGCGGGGCUUCUUCGAACAUUGGCUGCCACAAUGGCGUCAUCUAUUCGAAGUUGUGCCCACUGAGGAAACAGUGGUCUCUGAGGCAUACAAUGCCGAUUGCUUUGUUUAUGCAGGUCAUGGCUCUGGCCUGCAGUAUAUAUCAGCCAAAAAGAUUUGCCGCACACGCGUCAAGGGCGUCGUCUUUCUGUUCGGCUGCGACUCGACUCGCCUGCUGGGCACAGGACUGUACAGCGCACUGUAUGGCACCCACAAUUACUAUCAUGGGGCGCUGUGCCCCACAGUGAUGGGCACAUUAAUGCCCGCCUUGGAUGCCAAUAUGGAUACGGUGUCGGUGAGCGUGCUGAGCCGUUGGCUCGCACCUGGAAAGCCCGACGUUAUACCAUGGACACAUAUCAAUCGUUCGGCUUGGUUGACCAAAGGCGAGGUCAAAGGUGAUGACCUAGAGACGCUGGAGAGACAUCCGGACUACCAAAUGGGCAGCCUUUGUGCGAUAGUGUCGUUUGUGCAUCAGGGACUAGUGGAGCCGAAGCUAUACAACUCUUGUGUGUACGUGUGCCGUGGACUGCCCGCCUGGAAUGUUGCUGUGAAGGAACUGCCUUUCUAAUUUCUAUAAAAGUGUUCUCAAGACUAGAAAGCUCUUCUCAUAUCGGAAGCGUGUAAAGUCAAAUUAGUUUAAGAUGUACAGUGGAUGGUGCUUAAAAAUAUUAAUUGCAUUUUAUCAAAAGAGAGAGGGAUGAGUUAAACACCAAAAAUGUGAAACACAUAGAAUUGUUUAAGGAUAAGACUAGAAUUGGUACAAACUUGAAGUGGGUGUGACUUACCUGCUCAUGCAAUUUUGAUGUAAGGCUGGCCUCGCUUCAC